ACUUUUCAGAUAAACUUACUCAGCAUAAAGUGUUAAUUCCAGCUUAAUUUAUUGUACGUUAGUCUUGGGUGUGACAACAGAGUGUGAACUAUUUUUGUAAAUCCCCGAAUCUGUGGCAACAGCUUCUGAGUAUCUGUGGUUUGUUAGUUUGAGUUUUUUUCAGGAAGUGAUGUUAAGAGCAGUCUCUCACCAUCAUUGCAUUUUCUCAGGCUGUUUUUCAGUUACUGCAGUGUUAAGCAGGUGAAACACACAAUGGUUCUGCUCUUUGAGCUGAGAUUCUUUGGUUUGUGGACGCUUUGGUGGUGCUGUUUGGUUACAGGAUCUACAGGAUGUCAAAUGCAGUACGUUGGCAGAAGCAGCGUUACCACUGAUCUGCAGUCUGAUGUUCUGCUGCCAUGUAACUUUAAAUCAACCCUCCUUGGAUCAAACAAGACUGCAGAUAUAGUAGCAGUGUGGAGUCAGAGGACUAUACCAGCAGAUAAUCUACUGGAGAUCAGUCUGCAGGGUGGAGUAAUGUUCUGGAAUAACAGAGAUAAACGUAUUAAGACGUUCACCAAGCUCUCAGAAUCUGGAAACUUCUCCAUCCUCCUCCGUAAUGUACAGCAGUCUGAUCUGGGUCUCUACCGCUGUGAGCUUCAUGAGGGAAUCAACUGCAGCAUCGCCUAUCAGGAGGUGCAGCUUGGUCUUGCUGCUGUUUCUGAAUACCAGAAAACCAUCAUAGCAGGAACAUCAGGAGGAGCAGCAGUACUACUACUGUUCACAGUGUGUGUUUGCUACACAGUGACUAAACGAAGACUCUGUAUGAGACAAGACAGUGCUCAAGAAGGUACACGUGAAAACCCAAUAUAUGACUCUGCUAACUACAAAAUGAAGGACAGCCGAAAUACAGAUGAAGGACAGUGUGAUAACCCAAUCUAUGCUGAGUAUUCGGCGAUGCCAGACCAGCACAGAGAGAGCAGCGUGAGAUGAAAACUCACUAUGAUCACUAUGUAAACAUUAGAGCACUAGAACAGAGGCAUUAAUUUAUGCAACUAUCAUUUCCACACGGAAAAGCAUUGCCAAUAGAAUGGGACAAGCAUCAGCUAAAGCGAUAUAAAGCCUGAGCUGUGGAGCAGUGAAACUGCAUUCUCUGUGAUGAGUGAUGAGACUUCAAACAGUACUUCUGAGAUGAGUUGUAGAGAUCCAGAACUAAUCAUCGAACAUCAGUCCCUGACCUCACUAAUGCACUUGUGGCUGAAUGCAACCAA